AUGCCCAACCUGCUGGUCAACGGGUCGUCCGGAAUCGCGGUGGGCAUGGCGACCAACAUGCCGCCCCACAACCUGGGCGAGAUUUGCGAUGCCGUCAACUACGUUAUCGACAACCCCGCCUGCGACGUGGACCAGUUGAUAGCAAUUGUGCCGGGUCCCGAUUUUCCCACGGCCGCCGUGAUACGCGGAGUAACCGGCGUGCGUGACAUGUACGCGACCGGACGCGGCCGCAUCAUCAUGGAGGCGGUCAACAAAGCCAACCUGGUCGAGAAAAUCGCUGGGCUGGUGCGUGACAAGACACUGGUUGGCAUUACGGAAAUCCGGGAUGAAUCGGACCGCCGGGGUAUCCGUGUGGUGAUCGAACUGAGCCGAAACGCCCAGGCCACCGUCAUUCUGAACAACCUCUACAAACGAACCGCACUGCGUUCCUCCUUCAAUGCCAUCAUGCUGGCAUUGGUGGACGGCCAGCCCCAGGAGCUCUCGCUCAAGGAUCUCAUCACCCACUUCAUCACCCACCGGGAAGAAGUGAUCCGUCGACGCACCGAGUACCAGCUGGGUCGGGCGCGGGAUCGCGCGCACAUCGUUGAAGGUUUGCUGAAGGCGCUCGACGCCAUCGACGCCAUCAUCGAGACUAUCCGCAACAGCCAGGACGUGGAAACGGCCCGCAACAACCUGGUGCAGCAGUUCGACCUCUCCGAAAUUCAGGCACAGGCCAUCCUGGACAUGCAGCUGCGCCGGCUGGCCGCAUUGGAAAGGCAGCGUCUGGACGAAGAAUACAACGACCUGCUCGCCACCAUCUCCCAGUUGGAAGAUUUGCUGCAAAACCCGCAGCAAAUUCGGGCGGAGAUCAAGCGGGAAACUCGCGAACUCAAGCGCAAACACGCCAACGAGCGCCGCACCGUAAUUGAACUGGCCGAGCUCCAGGAGCAGUCCAUCGAGCAGUUCAUCGUCCAGGAAGAUGUCGUGGUUACCCUGAGCCAGCGCGGAUACAUCAAGCGUGUGCCCAUCAGCACCUACCGGAAUCAAAAGCGUGGUGGCAAGGGCGUGCGCGGCGCCAGCAAUCGCGACGACGAUGCCCUGAUGCAGUUGGAGGUGGUCAACACCCACGAUCAGCUGCUGUUCUUCACCAACAAGGGGCGCGUUUACCCCCUCGAUGUCUACAAAACGCCCAACGACACCAGCCGCACCGGUCGCGGUGUACUGCUGGUGAACCUGAUCAAUCUGCAGCCCGGCGAACAGGUGCAAACUAUGCUGCCGGCUCGCCGCGGCGAAUACAGCCAUCUCUAUAUCUUUGCCACCAGACGCGGACGCGUAAACGCUCUGCGCCCCGGCCAGUUGCGCAACCUGCGCGCGUCCGGGCUGUUGGCGAUGAAGAUUCCGGACGGUGACGAACUGAUCGGAGUACGCCCGGCAGCCCCCGAUACUUCGAUUCUCCUGGUUACCGAGCAGGGGCCAGCCCUGCUGUGCCCGGUAAGCAGUAUUCCCCUUCGCAACCGGAACGCCACCGGCGUAAUCGGGAUGCGACCCGAACCCCACGACCGGAUCAUCGCCCUUGACGUCGUCAACAAUCCGGAGGACGAAUUCCUCCUGGUGGUCAGCGAAAAGGGCUACGGCAAGGCGACCCCGCUAUACAACAAAACCAAGAAUGAGGUCAUCUACCGAGAACGCGGUCGGGGCGGUAAGGGCGUCAAAACGUUCAACGUGGAAGACAAGGGCGACCGGGCAACCGGCCCAUUGGUAGACGCCAAGAUCGUAACCUCAGCUGAAAUGAACGACGAGGAAGGCCACGAGGUGUUUAUCAUCUCGGCUCGCGGCCAGGUCGUAAGGAUCAACCUCGCCGCGGUGAAGGUGGUCAACACCCGCCAAACCAAGGGUGUAAUCGUGUGGCGAGAACGCGGCGGCGACGACAGCGUAGUGUCAAUCGCCUGCUUCCGCGCCAAUGACUAUAGCCAGGCAGACCCCACCCGUACCGACGGCCAGGCCACGUCGGUGCUGGAACAGGCCGAAGAAAUCGCCGCCGAAGCCGAUCUGCAGUACGAGCCCGAUGAUCCGGAUGCUGAAGCGGUGGAAACCGAGGACAUUGCUGCGGAAGAUGGAGACAUGCCGCUGAACGGUUCAGCCAACGGUCAGGCUUCGCUGUUCCCUCUGGGCUCUGACGAGGACGAAGCCUCCAACGAGGACGAAGCCUCCGACUUUGAUGAAGACGCUGACGAAACAGAUGAAGACGAAUACGACCCCGAGCAAGGUUAG